UCUCUCUCUCUCUCUCUCUCUCUCUCUCUCUGUUUUUGGCCUCGGCCGCGAAAAACGAGCAACUCCACAGUACAGUCUCAUGGUGGACGGAGGACACGUCGUCUCUUCUUCGUCCGGCUACUUUCACAAACUUUUUCUAAAGACAUUUUCCAGCGCUGAUCUUCCUCUCAGCGUUUUUUACCUCAGAGCAAGACAAAACAACAACAGCAGCACGCGCGGGAACCAAAACAACGCGAGAGAGCGAACGUUUGGCGUCUCCAAGGCAACCGCGCGCGUUUGAGCUUUUUCUGGUGAUUUUUAGGGGAAUACAACAGCACCACUUUAUUCUUCCUCUCUGGACUGAGAAAAUGAAGCCUAGAGUCGCCAGAACGGUGGACCAGGGAGGAAGGAAGGGACAUUGAGCAGCUCCCGCCGCCACUUUUGCAAUUUUUCAAGGGAUAAAAGUUCGCAAAAAGAGGGGGGGUGAAGGACCCCGCGCCGCGGCUGAGCUAUGCUAAGCUAACCCCCUCAGUCAGCUGUGGAGAAUUAUGUGGAGCAAGCAAACAAGCAAAAACAAAGCGGCGAGGCGAAACCGCGCAGGGAAAAAAGGAAAGAAGCUGACCUUCCUGGACUGAAGAGAGAGAGAGAAGAGAGACGCCCCCCUCUCCCCGCGACCGCUGCUGGUGUGUAACACGGGCUUUUUGGGGUGUUGUGGAGCAGGAGAAAGAGAAAGAGAAAGAGGAGGCGGCGGUGGAGGAGAAGGAGGAGGCGGAGGAGAACAGAGAGACAGAUAGUUUUUGAGGGUGAAGCAGCUAAUUGCUAAGUCCGUCCCUCAUUACCAUAAGCGGCGUGUCCGCUGGCCCUCAGCCAGUCCCCCCCCCUCACACAUUAUUAUUCACCAUCAUAAUUACAUACCGACCAUGCGCAGUCCACACAGCACCAACGCCAGCUAAUUUCCCUCAUUUUUUUCUUGCGCCACUCGACUAUUUGUGAACAUUUCGUUGCGUGUGUGCGUGUGCGUGCUGGUGGGGUUUCAUUUCGUUCUGUGUGUGUGUGUGUGUGUGUGUGUGUGUGUGUGUGCGCGCGCGCGCGUGUGUUUUUUUUCCCCUCCUCGCUGCUGAUGUAUGUGCCAACAGCAGGAGCUGGAGUGGCAGCGUGUCCUCAGCAAUGUCCCGUCGGAAGCAAGCAAAGCCGCAGCACCUCAAGUCCGAGGACGAGGCUUCAGACCUGGGGGGACUUUCUCAGAACGUCUCAGGCGAGGUUUUGGACGAUGCCGACAGCGGUAACGAGAGCCGCAGCGGGAGCGAGGAGACCCACGUGUGUGAGAAGUGCUGUGCGGAGUUCUUCAAGUGGUCUGAUUUCUGCGAGCAUCUGAAGAGCUGCACCAAGAACCCGCUUGUGCUUAUUGUCAACGAGAAUGAGGGCACACCAGAUCCAGCGCGGGAGUAUCCGGCCGAGCCCUCACCUGUGCCUAGCUGCCCGAGUGAGCCUGCACUCAGUGAGGAGGCGGCAGAGGGCCGUCACACACCAGUCGAAGCUGACGAGGGGACUGAGAUGACUUUAGAGCGAGCAGCCACCCUGGAAAAGGAGGAUGAGCCUAUGGAAGUGGAACUGUCUCCUGAGAAACCAAUGGACCCUGAAGAUCCAGAAGCAUCACCGGACCCAGAUGUCAGCCUACCUCAGCUUGAGGACACAGCCCACCCAUCUGGGGCAGGAUACAGUAUGCCCAACACAAACGUCACAUUGGAGACGCUGCAUGGGACCCGAGUGGCUGUGGCACAGUUCUCCCAAAGCUUCCGUGGAGCAGUAGCCAGCGGCGUAUCCACCAUGGCCAUCCCUAUGAUACUGGACCAGUUGAUGGCUUUGCAGCAGCAGCAAAUCCACCAGCUCCAGCUGAUAGAACAGAUUCGUAGCCAGGUGGCGCUAAUGAACAGACAAGCCCCUUCACAGUCAGCACUCAACCAUCACGCACACCACAAUACAAAUUCUGCCUCACAGGCAGCUUCAUCCACUGGCCUUCCCACUAUCUCCAGUCAGCUCCAGCUGCAUGGGUUCAUUACACCACCUGUCCACCAACUGCCUAUCAGGGUGCCGCCCACUUUAAAUGGCCAGGGGCCAGCCUCGUUGUCCUCUGCUUUGGAAGGAAGUCACUCUCAUGUCUCACAGACAGGCGGCCAGUUGUCAAGCUCUGUAAUGAACAGCAACACCUCAACAAAUUCCUCAUAUCCACCAUCAAGCUGUAGUGUAGUUCCUUCCUUGCUGCCACCGAGUUCAGUCACUAGCAGCAGUAACAACAGCAGCAGUAGUGCUGGAGCUGGUAUCAGUAGCAGUGUUUCCCUCCCGAGAAACACCUCAAGUCCUCCAACACUGACCCACGGAAGUCUGCUGAGUUCCCCCUCAAAUCUCCCCCUGAUACCUCAUAGUUCUUCAAGUAGUGUCAUCUUUCCCAACCCACUGGCCAGUAUUGCAGCUACAGCUAACGCGCUUGAUCCUCUUUCUGCCCUGAUGAAGCACCGCAAAGGAAAGCCUCCUAAUGUCUCUGUAUUUGAUACCAAGCCUAGCUCAGAUGACCCCUUCUUCAAACAUAAGUGCAGGUUUUGCGCCAAGGUGUUUGGAAGUGACAGUGCUCUCCAAAUACACCUUCGCUCCCAUACUGGUGAAAGGCCUUUCAAGUGCAACAUCUGUGGCAAUCGCUUCUCUACAAAAGGGAACUUGAAAGUUCAUUUUCAGAGACACAAAGAAAAGUAUCCACACAUUCCAAUGAAUCCCUAUCCAGUCCCUGAAUACCUGGACAAUGUGCCAACCAGCUCAGGUAUUCCUUAUGGCAUGUCUCUGCCACCGGAGAAGCCUGUUACUACAUGGCUGGACAGCAAACCUGUUUUGUCCACUGUCCCAACUUCAGUUGGGCUACAGCUUCCCCCAACCCUGCCCACCAUGAUUGGAGGUUAUGGAGAUUCACCUAGCCUCACCCCCAUUAACAGGUCACCUCAGAGACCGUCACCACCAUCAAGUGAGUGUGCAUCCCUGUCGCCCAAUGUCCUCAGUACCGAAGCCAGCACGACCCUCACUUCAGCCUCUCCACAGCCCAAUAUAGGGGGUGAUGUACCCCCAGUUUUGAAGCCAGAGGGAAUUCAUUUGCCACCCAACUGUACAACCAGGCCUGGGGAGACCAGCUUAUCCUCCACCACUGUGACCCAGGUUGUGUUAUCAGCCACUGUCACUACCACAACCACCACCACCACUCAAAUCACAGACUCAGUGACCCCUCCAUCCUCUGUCACUCAUCCGUCCCUCCCAAUGAUCUCAGAUCAGUUCAAAGCCAAGUUUCCUUUCGGUGGCCUCUUGGACUCUAUGCAAACAUCAGAGACCUCAAAGCUGCAGCAGCUGGUGGAGAACAUUGACAAGAAGAUGACAGACCCUAACCAGUGUGUCAUUUGCCAUCGUGUGCUCAGCUGUCAGAGUGCCCUCAAGAUGCACUACCGUACUCACACUGGCGAGAGGCCCUUCAAAUGCAAAAUAUGCGGUCGUGCUUUCACUACCAAGGGCAACUUGAAAACACACUUUGGGGUUCACAGGUCCAAACCCCCUUUACGAGUGCAGCACUCUUGUCCUAUUUGUCAGAAGAAGUUCACUAAUGCCGUGGUGCUGCAGCAGCACAUCCGCAUGCACAUGGGGGGUCAGAUUCCAAACACACCCCUGCCUGAGGGUUUUCAGGAAAUGGACACAGAUUUUUCCUUUGAUGAGAAGAGCUUAGACAACAUGAGCAACUAUGAUGAUGAGCUGAUUGACGAGAUGGAGCAGGCCAUGGAGGAUGAGCCAGAUAUGAAAGACGGAGAUAUGGAACCAUCCAAACUAACACUUUCAUAUGGAGAGAUGUCCCCUAGCAGCUCUCCUCCAACUUCUGUCAUCUCCAGCAUUGCUGCUUUGGAGAACCAAAUGAAAAUGAUUGAUUCAACAGCAAACAUGACCCGCGCCUUUAACCUGAAGCCCUCGGAGAAUGGGAGUGGGGUUGGUGGAGAAAGCGGGGACAUGCUUGCCAUUGACUCAUCUUCUGCUGUGGGAGACUUAGAGAAUCACAGUGUGGGGAGUCCGGCCUUGUCCGACUCAUCAGGCUCCAUGCAGGCUCUCUCUCCUGCUCACAGCCAGUCUGAGAGCCAUCGCUCCAGGUCUCCAGGGCUGGCCAACAACAGCAGCAGCAAUGCUGCCGAGGAUGGCCAGGAAUGCAGCACGGCAACAGCAACUGUGAAGUCUGAAAAAUCAGAGACUCCCUCUCCAGGUUCUGUACCAGCAGAACACAUUGGAGCCCUAGACCUCACAGCUGCCCAGCCAACUAGGCCUUAUGUUAAGGAGGAGAAUCAAUUCAGCAUGCUGUUCCUGGGUAGAGACAGGGGAUUAAACGCUCCCAGCUUGAUGAGCUCGGCACCAAGCAUGGUCAAACUUGAGAUGAAUGGACACAGUAAGCCGUUGUCCAUGAGUGAGAGCUCACACUUGCACAUGAGCCUUCAGGUACCCGCUGCAACGCCUCAGACAACAAUGAGCCCUAACCUCACCCCGAUGCUGGCACCACCUCCUCCCCGCCGGACCCCCAAGCAGCACAACUGCCAGUCCUGCGGGAAAAAUUUCUCCUCAGCCAGCGCCCUGCAGAUCCACGAGCGCACACAUACGGGAGAGAAACCCUUCGCCUGCUCCAUCUGUGGCAGAGCUUUCACCACGAAGGGCAAUCUGAAGGUCCACAUGGGCACCCAUAUGUGGAACAAUGCCCCGGCUAGGAGGGGGCGUCGUCUCUCGGUGGAGAACCCCAUGGCCCUGCUUGGUGGUGAUGCAAUGAAAUUCAGCGAGAUGUUCCAGAAAGACCUGGCAGCGCGGGCAAUGAACGUAGACCCAGGAUUUUGGAACCAGUACGCGGCGGCUAUCACCAACGGCCUGGCCAUGAAGAACAACGAGAUUUCCGUCAUUCAGAACGGGGGUAUUCCUCCGCUGCCCGUCAGCCUCGGCGGGAGUGGCAUCCCCUCUCUAGGGAGCAUGUCGGGGGGCAUGGAGAGAGCGCGCACUGGGAGCAGCCCCCCAAUGACUGGCCUUGAGAAGACUAGCCUGGAAGUGGGAACUGGACGUCCUUUCUCCAGGUUUUUGGAGGACAGCAAAGAGAUUGGGAUCAAUUAACGAGCUUUCAUUGGAGGAGAAAACGUGGAGAGACUCGCAGCCGAGUUAAGACGUGGAAAGUUACACUUUAUCCAGUUUGGUCUCUUAUGUACUAUAUUAUGUACAGCUGAAGUUUGAUAUUCUGUUUGGUUUUGGAUCUAUAGUAUUCAGUAUUGAGUAGAGGUAUUUCCCCAUCCUCCCAUUUCUCCUGUUUCACCUGAAGAAAAAAAACUGUCUCAUGUUUGAGAAUCUGUUGUCUUGCAAGAUUUGCAUGGUACUUAUUGGUUUUUCUCAGUACAUUCGACUGCUUUUGAGGAUUAUGUCACAAAAAAAGAAUAUCUUUACUCAGUUGUUAUGGGUAAGACUUUAAACUGUAAAAAAGAGAAAAAAAAGAAAUGAAGAGCAAUCUUUAUGUGGAUAAACUGAACAUGUUUACCUGACUACAGUGUAUGUUUUGAGGUACAAGAAAGGGGAAUAGGUGAACCGAAGUACAUCGUCGUAGUGCGCGCUUAUUAUUAUUAUUAUUAUUAUUAUUAUUAUUAUUUUAUUUUUUUCACUCAUGAAGUAGAUACUUGAUGGAAAAAAAAAGUUUGAACUAUUUUAAUCUUUGCAUUUAGUCUCUUGGCAUUGUCUUAUCUUAAUGUCCAGUGUCUUUAGUAUUUAUAAUAUUCACAAGAAGCGGGUAUAAGAAAAUAUAUUUAAUGGCCCCAACAUUUUAUUGACCUUUUCUUUUCUAAACGUUAGACUUCUAUUACAGCUGUCUCUUUUAAUAAAGACAACAACGUCACGUUCAUCUGACCAAUGCAAAUACAUUGUGAAGUUUUAUUUGGAUAUCUAGCACACAUAGGUGUAACUGACCUGGUACACGAGGAGAAAAAAAAGGCUAGGAUAUCAAAAGCUGCUGCCUUUACAGACUUGCUUUUAACCUUUGUAAAGAAAAGAGACAGAGAUAUACAGAAACUUAUUGUGUAUAGAGUACAAACUGGUAUGCAUAUUUUGUAACAUGAAAAAGGAUAUCCUGAUUUGAGAUUUGUCAUGUUUGUGAAUGCACUUUUUAGAGGAACGGUCUUGUCUGUGAGUUAUCAUUAACAAUCUGACUGAGCUAUCUAUCUCUCUCUUUUUUUUUUUUUUUCCUUUUUUUUUUUUGUUUUCUUUCACCCAUGGGGUUCUUAAACGUGACUCAUCGAGAAGGUUCUGGAGGGUAAGACAGUUACGGUCCCUGUACUGAAAUCCUUACGCCUUCAGUCGCAUCAAACUCUAAUAAAAUUGUGAGAACGGAUCGUGUCUGCUUUAAUGGCUUUAAACAUCCAGUCGUUUCUCGAACUCUUCCACCUCAGAAUUAUGACCGAAGGUCACGUGGAGCUGGGGAAAUAAAGCAGAACUGAAUCGGGAACCGUUAAUCCAGCUGUUUCGUUGAGGACUUGAAGUCAGGAUUGGUGAAGCUUAAUCAAAAUCCUUAUUGACCUACAACAGUCUUGAAGUUUGGGGAAAUUUCGCUGUGUAAAACUUGAAGUAACGCAGUCAGGAAAGAGCGCAUCCUCAUAUUUAUUGAAUUUUGAUACCGCACCUCAGUCAGGGCUGUUAUGUGCUGUUGUGGACUGUAAUAUUGUGGAAUUAGUUUGGUUAACCAUAAGGAGACUUUGAAGGGAGGUGGUAUUUUAAGUCUGCUGGACUGGAUGCUAAUGCUCUGUAGGGCAAUUAUGGCCCUAUCAUUGAAGGGCACGGAUGCCAAAGGGUUUCCGUCUGCAUUCCAGCAGUAAACAAAGAAAUGCAGGCAGCGUUACUCACAUUUGUGAUGAUAUACUGAGUGGCUAUGAGUGAAAAUGCAUUUCGUUGACAUUAAAAACUGGUGAAAAAGCA